AUGGCCAGUCCCACCACAAGAACCCAUCUCCUCACCCACUGGUGGAGACACGAAGUCCUGUCCCAUCUCCUGUCCCACCUGGAGAACCCACCUCCUGUCCCACCUGUCCCACCUCCUGUCCCACUUCCUGUCCCACCUCCUGUCCCACUUCCUGUCCCACCUCCUGCCCCACCCACUGGUGGAGACAAGAAGUCCUUGUCCAACCUCCUGUCCCACCUGGAGAACCCACCUCCUGUCCCACCUCCUCCUGUCCCACCUCCUCCUGUCCCCCCACCUCCUGUCCCACCUCCUGUCCCACCACCUCCUGUCCCACCCAUGACUUCCAAGGAAGCCCCAUCCCACCUGGACCAC